AUGGACUGCAUGCAGCAGGCAGCAGACGACAUCAGUGGCGUUCACCAUGGCUGUCGACUGAAGUUUGUUAACUUUGAGGCUCAUGAGAACCACAUUUCCCAUGAGACCCAGGGACUCAGCGACAAACACCUGGUGGUGCGACGAGGGAAACCCUUCAAGCUCACGCUGCUCUUCCACAGCAGAUCGUGGAAUCCUCGCACUGAGAACCUGGUGCUGGAGGUUUGUCUAGGUGGUCUGUCAGAGAGGAUCCCAGUCCUGUUCUCUAAAGAGCGGUGCAAACCUAAAGGCUGGUCAGCCACCCUCUACCCGGGCAACACGCAUCCUCAGUCGGUCAUCGUCCACAUCUGCUCCCCGGUUCUGUGCUCGGUGGCUCUGUAUGACCUCCUGCUCCACAUAGAAGCCAUACGGCACAGGAGGAGUUACGUUGUGGGAACGUUUGUGCUGCUCUACAACCCUUGGCUGAAAGAUGAUCCAGUGCACAUGCCACUGGACGUUCAUUUAGAAGAGUACCUCAGGAGCGACUAUGGGCUGAUCUACAUGGGCACCCAUUUGAAUGUUAGUAAGCGGCCCUGGUCGUUUGGUCAGUAUGAACCCGGCGUGCUGGAAGCGUGUCUGAAGCUCCUGCAGGUCAGCCCACAACACCUCAGCGACAAACACACGGACUACAUGCUACGAGCAGACCCCGUCUACCUGAGCAGGGUGCUCUGCGCUAUGGUGAACUGUAACGAUGACCUGGGUAUUUUGGAGGGGAAGUGGAACGGAAGCUACCAAGCCGGCAUCAAGCCUACGGACUGGAGUGGGAGCGCCGACAUCCUUCAUCGUUGGGUGUCAUCCAACUGCAGUCCCGUGCGCUAUGGGCAGUGCUGGGUCUUUGCUGCUGUCCUCUGCACAGGAGAAAGGAACUUCCAUGUGUGGGUGGAGUGCUGGAUGAGGAGACCGGACCUCGGUGCAGGGUUUGACGGCUGGCAGGUCGUGGACCCAACGCCCCAGGAGAGGAGUGCAGGGUUGUUCCGCUGUGGUCCGAGCCCUGUAGCGGCCGUCCAGCUACGUUGCUUCGGCGCCCCUCAUGACACCUCGUUCAUCUACGCCUCCGUUGAUGCUGACGUCAUACGGCUCAUUGUGCGCGAUGGACGGGUGGUGGGAAGGACGGUGGACACUGAGUGGGUGGGACAGCUGAUCUGCACCAAAAGCCUGGGCUCAGACAGACCAGAGAAUCUGACGCAGACAUACAAGGGCAAGAAAAGAGGGCAACCAGCAGGCUCUGGAAGAAGCCCAGUGGGAGGACGGUGUUUGGAGAGGAAUGUCCCACUUAUUGUAAAGCCGAGGAGCCUGCAUGGAGAAACAUCACCAAGUCUGGAGGUGUCCCUAGAAAUAGAUGGAGUGCCGUCACUGGGAGAGAGCAUCCGCAUGAGUGUGACGAUCACCAACCAGUCAAGCAGCCGCAGGAUCCUGAUGGAGCACGUCGACGCUCAGCUGAAAGAGUACAACAGCAGCCCACAGGAGAGCUUCUGGAAGACACACAAAGAGGUGCACAUGCAGCCCUGUGAAGUGCUGACGCUGCACCACAUCAUCCCUCAUUGUGACUAUGAGUCGGUCCUGGCAGGUGAGGAUAUUGUGAAUGUGGCAGUGGUGAUAAAGGACAUGAGGACCAAAGAAAGAGUCCUGGCUGCACAAGAGUUCAGCAUCAGCUCACCGUGGAUAACCAUAGAGAUCGAAGGAGGCGACAGCAUCCAGAUAAAGAAGCAGCACACGGCCCAGGUGUCCUUCAGCAACCUGUUCAUCAGCUCCCUGCCUGGAGCUGUGCUGACGGUGGAGGGAUCCGGCUUGUUGCAGGGCAAGCAGGAGGCCAGGUUGGUUCUGCUGCAGCCUGGAGAGAAGAUAGAGAAGACAGUGUCCAUCAUGGCCUCCUCACCUGGAACUAAGCUGCUCAUGGCCACGUUCUCGCACAGCAACAGCCCCCACGUUGUGUGCAGGAGCUUCCACAGAGUGUCGGUCACGCCGGCCUCAUGCUGAAGAAUCCAUCAUCUCAAAAAUCUCCAGAGGAAACACCUGUAUUGUAAAUGUGGAAAGAACAGGUGGAGCUCUCCCAUUGGUUUAUGUGGAGGCCCUGCCGCUCCAGGAUUGGACCAGCAGAAGUGAGCGGCCUUUUUAAACCAACAGAAACCCACAAUGAAGAAGCCUGUCGUGUGACUCAAUUGUGUUAAUGGUGCUGAGUAGUUUCAAUAGAAAGUCUGAACUUAUAACUUGUGACCUUCGAGAGAGAGUUUUUUGUUA